AUGAGUUACCCCAAGAAGAAAAAAGGAUAUUCCGAUGUCGAGCUCCCGACUAAUCCCAACUUGCCAGCAUGGAUAAUCACACCCAAAGAAGAAAAAGCAAUAUUUGAACGAUGGAGGAAAAGGACUUUUCUGAAAUGUGAUGAUUUGAUAAAGAGGUAUAUUGAAUGCUCGAAUCUGUAUGCCAACCCACUUGAUGCUAUUGAAAAGUGUAAAUCUGUGAACCAAGCCAGUUUGGAUUGUGUUGCACAGUAUCAAAAACAAGAAUACUUGGAUCAGGAACGGGAUUUGUUUAUUAAGGAAAAAAUCGAAAAGAAGAGGUUAUACAAGCAAAAAUUGAGAGAGUUGCAGGAGCAACAAGAAAACAAAGAGAUAUGA